GCCUCUCUUUAUACCUUGCCCUAUCCUGAAAUCGAAGAGGCAGGUACUGCUUGACUCCAGCUCUACGCAGGAAGGAACGGGCCCAGAAAAUGCUAGGGCUUUGUGAGGUCCUCCCCAGCCAGGGACUGACCGCUCACUACCGCCUCCUGGUGGUUGGUUCGCGGAGGCCCGUGACCCAAACCUAUUCACCGGACGAAAUGAAGCUCAUCAUCCUGGAACACUAUUCACAGGCCAGCGAGUGGGCAGCCAAGUACAUUAGGAACCGCAUCAUCCAGUUUAACCCAGGGCCUGACAAGUACUUCACCCUGGGGCUCCCCACCGGGAGCACCCCACUUGGCUGCUACCAGAAGCUGAUCGAAUACUAUAAGAAUGGGGACCUGUCCUUUAAAUACGUGAAAACCUUCAACAUGGACGAGUACGUGGGCCUUCCUCGAGAACAUCCAGAGAGCUACCAUUCCUUCAUGUGGAACAAUUUCUUCAAGCACAUUGACAUCCACCCUGAAAACACCCACAUUCUGGAUGGGAAUGCGGCUGACCUGCAGGCUGAGUGCGACGCCUUUGAGGAGAAGAUCCAGGCUGCGGGCGGGAUUGAACUCUUUGUUGGAGGCAUUGGCCCCGAUGGACACAUUGCCUUCAAUGAGCCGGGCUCCAGUCUGGUGUCCAGGACCCGGGUGAAGACUCUGGCCAUGGACACCAUCCUGGCCAACGCUAGGUUCUUUGAUGGAGAUCUCGCCAAGGUGCCCACCAUGGCCCUAACCGUGGGCGUCGGCACUGUCAUGGACGCUAAAGAGGUGAUGAUCCUCAUCACAGGUGCUCACAAGGCUUUCGCUCUGUACAAAGCCAUUGAGGAGGGCGUGAACCAUAUGUGGACUGUGUCGGCCUUCCAGCAGCAUCCCCGAACCGUGUUUGUAUGUGACGAGGAUGCCACCCUGGAGCUCAAAGUGAAGACAGUCAAGUAUUUCAAAGGUUUAAUGCUCGUUCACAACAAGUUGGUGGACCCCCUGUACAGUAUCAAGGAGAAGGAAAUUGAGAAAAGCCAGUCUGCUAAGAAGCCAUACAGUGACUAGCUUGUGCUGGGCGUGGCGCUGAGUACCUCAGAGGGACGGGCAGGUCUUUCUG